AUGGCAAACAGCAACGAUGUUGCCAAUGGUGAAAAUGGGUUGUUGGCGGUCUUUGGUGGCAAUGAAUUUGGUGGCGGCGGUGGUGGUGAAAGUGGUGGCAAAGUGGAGGAGGUGGCUCUGAAGAAAGGUCCUUGGACAGCUGCAGAAGAUGCUGUUCUCAUAGAUUAUGUGACAAAACAUGGUGAAGGGAAUUGGAAUGCAGUGCAGAGGAACACAGGGUUGAAUAGGUGUGGCAAGAGUUGUAGGCUUAGAUGGGCCAACCAUUUGAGGCCCAAUUUGAAAAAAGGUGCUUUCUCUUCUGAGGAAGAAAAACUCAUCGUUGAACUCCAUUCACAAUUUGGCAACAAAUGGGCCAGAAUGGCUGCUCUGAUGCCUGGGAGAACAGACAAUGAGAUCAAGAACUAUUGGAACACAAGGAUCAAACGUCGACAAAGACAAGGUCUCCCUCUCUAUUCAGACGAGAAUGAUCACCAUUGUUCCACAGCACCAAAUCCUUCUCCAAACCCUAAUAACACUCUCACAAACUUUGAGUUCUUCAAACAAAACUAUCAUCAUCAAGAACAACAACAACACCAACAACAACAACCUCUAUCUCCAACUGCACCUCAACAUUCCCCUCUCCAACAGAGACAUCCCUUCACCAAUUCUUCACCUUUCAGUUUCUUAGACCAGUCACCCCUUCCACUCUCCUCCUCUUCACCCUCCUCUCUCCCCUUCACCUUCCAAAGACCAGAACCACUCCUAUGCAACCCUCUUCGCUUCAAACGCUACCGUGCCUCUUCAAGCUACAACCCUCUCCCUGACCUUCCUCUCACAACCCAGUUCCCUCAUCUUGAUGGAUUCAGAUUCCCGGUUUCUUCAGGCUUCUCUCCGUUUCUUCAACCCUCUUUGUUCGAAUCUGACCGACCCAUUUCUUCUUCCUCCUCCUUCCAACCCAAGUUCGAUCUCCCUUCAACCCAGUUCUACAAACCACCCCAAGACCAAGACAUUGAUUUCAACGACCCUUCUUUCCAAACCAGCAGCGGCCUCCUGGGGGGUCUUCUCUUGGAGGCUCAGGCUCUGGCUUCGGGUCAGAACUCAAAGAAACGACCCCACUUGAGUUUAAACGAGGGAAACGAUAUCUUCGAUGCAUGCCAAAGCUUCGAGGACUUUCCAUCUAGCUCUCUUUUCUGGCCUUCUUCUGCAUCAGGAAAAGCGAAGGAAGAGGCACCUGAUUUGAGCAAGUUCACGAAUGAGGAGUUGUCGUCGUUGCUUACAUCUUCCAACACACAGGGCCAUGAGUGGCUCAACAAUGGCGUUCCUGAAGGAUCGAAUGUGCAACCCUGUGGUAGUGGCAUGAUAGAUGACAAUUUUGGAGUUGAUUUGAAGCCCGUGGCUUCGUUGUUUCCUCUCACCAACACCACAAACCAUAACGAAAACCAAGGUUGUUACCCUUGGGACAAUUUGCCUGGUCUCUGCUAA